ACUCAUCCUAAAAUGGAGGUAACCGACCAAGAUUUCGAAAGAAGUGAGAGAGAAAAGAAGCAGCUCUUCUUACAAGAUGAAAUUGUCAAAAAGAGAUAUGACAAAGCUAAAUUUGCCGUUUACAUGAACGAAUGUAAGGAAAAUGGGACUGAUAUUGACCUCUGGACAUUUGAUGAGCUUUAUGAUGCGGUAGUCGCUUUUCAACAGUCUCAAGAUAACCCAGUUGUUAAAGAAUCUGAGUCCUCAAGUGAAGAAGAUGUGCUUUAUGAGUAUAUACACCCAGCCGAGAGAGAAAAGAUGAAGGAGAGAAGGAUAAAGGAAAGGAUGUCUAUUCAUCCUGAAGAAGCCAAGAUUGAAGAAUCUCCUGAUAUGAAGACAAAUAAGCCAAAUAAUUUGGACUGAAACCAAACUCAAGAGUUUGAGUGUUCAAUGGAUGAUCAAGCUUGUAAGGAUGAUCAUACAGAGAGUAAGGAAAAGGAAUCUAAUGAAAGAGAAAUCCAAUUUCUUAAAAAUAUUAGUUAUGAAUCUGAAGAAAAUAAUGUAGGAUUACAUUCCCAGGAAAAUCCAGAAUAUGGAGAACAAGAGCAAAUUAAAAAUCGGAGUCCCGAAAUUUCAAAAGAUGUCAAAAAGGCGCUUGAUGAUUUCUUUCUCAAUGAGGAAAAUGAUUUUGAUAAUAUACAGCCUGAAGAAGUUAAAGACGUCCCAAAGCUUGAUAAUGCAAAUACUCCUAAAAGAGGCAAAACAAUGAGGAAUCAGCCUCUUGAAGAGAUCAUCAAGGAAGACCUUCUCCCUGAAAUGCCUGAGCCUGUAGCAGUCGGAUUCUAUAUAGCUGAUAUCAAGACUUCAGAUGAGACUAAACUUCUAGCAGAAGCUUCUGUUACAGCUAACGUUCUUGAGGCAACUUACUGUCCUGGCGGAAUUUUCCAAUUCGCAUAUAACGAGUACACAAUUGUUACGAACCCGUUUGGCUGGAUGACCAAAAGGAGGGAGACUGAUUUUGUAAAACUUAGGGAAUACCUAUGCAAAAUGUUCCCUCAAUACUGAAUCCCACCACUGGUUACUCCAAAAUCAAUGUAUGAUGCCUCCUCUUUAAAGAAGAAAGAGUUCUUCUUCCAAAAAUUUCUAAAUGAUGUUCUUGCAAAUGAAGAACUUCGGGCAUGUAAAUAUCUCGAAUUAUUUUUGACCGUUCCGAAUGAGAAUAAGUUCAAGCCAAUCAGAAAGAAGCAUGAUAGAUAUCCAAAGCCUAUUGAGCUGAAUGAGUUCUGAACGAUUGAUGGCAAGGUGAGCAUCAACGAGAGUCGAGCUAAUCCAGAGCUAAUCAAGAACUAUAGCUCUAAAUUUAUUGACAGAUUCCAAUCCAUUUUUAAAUCCUUAGAAGAAGCCACUGAGGAGAUCCAGAAAUAGCAGCUUACAGUUAAAUAAAUCACUGAGGAAAUUCAGUGAAUGCUUCAAACAUUUGUCUAAAUUAUAUUCAGUAUGAGGAUUUGAGGAAUUUGGAAAGCUAUACAAGCACAUUAAGGAAGUCUCAAACAAGUAUAGCGAGCAAGUACUAGAAAAGGCUUUGAUCUUCAAGACUGAACUUAGUCAUGAGUUCACUUACCAUCAUUUCGAAGCUGACUCAUAUAAAGAGCUUAACAAGCUAAGAUCGGAUGUAGAAUACACUUUUAAAAAGAUGAAUAAUGACCUUAAAGCAAAGAAAGAUAGGCUUUGGAGCUCCAGAAGUACAAAGGACUUUAGCAAAUGGGAUCUCUCGCCUGAGGACUCUUUAGUAAUUGACUCCAUCCUUCGUGAAGAAUCGUAUGCAAAGGCUAAGAUGCUACCCAAGGAAACAGAACAGGUUCAUAGCAAACUUAAUCUUUUACGUUACAUCGAAAAUCAAUGAGUCAAAGAAAUUAGAAGAUGUGGCAGGGUUCAGUGGGCAACGAUUAAAGAGAAAUUUAAGAGAGUAGAAAAAUGACUGAAUUUAUAA